AUGGAAAAUCGUUCCAAGCGCCGAGCCAAGAAAAAAACUGCCAAAAAAGCCACCAAGCGAAGUAAUAAGAAAGUGGCAGCAGAUAUAUGCCGGGUUGAGAAGAAUGCAUCUGGUCUUAAACCUCGGAAAAACCGUACACUCAAGUGUCCAGAACCAGAAUGCAAAUCAAAACCAUGGAGCAAUCAGAAAAUGUUCCAGGACCACCUCGCCGAGCACGAUAUUCGGUAUUUUGUUUGCGAAUUGUGUGAUAAAGAUUUCCCAAGGUUUGAUAAUGCUGUUGGCCACCUUUUAACAAGCAAGAAAUCGACACAUAUCGAAAACCGAGAAAAUCUUUGUGCAAAAAAAAGGUUCGAAAAACAGUUGGAGAUAAACUCACAAUCGUCGGAAUCACCUACACCGUCCUCCACCUCCUUCUAA